UAGAGCCAUACUAUUUCACUGGCCCACUCAUGGCAGGGACUCAACCAUUCUCACCCGACUUCAUUCAUUCCCAAUCAUGGUUCAAACACACCUGACUUCACUCACAACCAAUUAUGGCUUAGUCUAUAAGUACCACCUACUUCCUUUGUUCUGGCUGUCAGCAACAUGAGGCAGCGGUGUGGGGCAGCAUGUGAGGGCUCUCUGUCCUCACAAUUCAGGCACAAAUCCUACGGUCGUGCGUAAAUAAAAAAAACCACACAAACCCGUCAAGCCUCAUCUGCCUUUGCCCUGAAUAUGUGCAGAGUGUAAAUAAAUGGCUUAAACGGAAACAGCUGUUGUCCUUCAUACAUUCUGACCGAUGUACCAUGGUGAUGCUCAAUUCCUAAACCCAAGUCAAAGAUACAAUUCUACAUGUGGUCCUUCGAGCCGGAAUCGUGAACAUUGCCAUGGCUGAAGGACAGUCACCUCUUACCCAUGGAGCUCUCCAGUCUCGACGCCAGACCCGCCUACCUAGGCACCUUGAGGACUAUGAAGUUGGCCGUGUGGAUAGAGCAACAAACACAAAAUGCACACUUCACCCACAUGAGGGCCAACUGGAAGAACAUGCAAGAGAUGAUGAGGGAGAGCCCUCUGAGCACCCCGAACACAGUCGACCCCCACACCAGCCUGGGGGCCCUCGAGGAGCUACCCCCGGCCUCUGCUGCCAAAGAGCAAGAUGGUACCCCAGAACUCAGCCAUGCUGACCUAACAAAGCAGCUACUUGAAACAGUGACAAUUGUAAAGCAGCAGGGGGAGAUAUUACAGCGUCUCAUGGAGCGAUAUGAAGGUCCCAGCCCAGGAAGCAGCUGCUCCUACACCAGUCACCAAGGUGUAUCACACCCACCAACGGAUACCUACUUUCGUGAAAGAAAUCAGAGCCCAGUUCGGUCUCUCCAAGUACCACCAGCUAUCCGCCAUGAACCUGCAUCAGUAUCUUCAGCCCAGCCCAGAGGCCCUCGAAGAGAAAAUGUAGCAUCACCUUUAGUUCACUACCAACCGGCCCCCCAGCAACGCCCGGUUCUUUACCAGCCUGUGUCUUCUCAUCCUGAUGCCUCGCAGUCUCCCAGGCAGUCAUAUCCUUCAAUCCCCCCUCACCAGCCAAUUUCAUCUAAUCCUUCAUCUUUCCACCCUUCACUGCCAUAUCAACCCUUAGCUCCCUAUCAGCCUAUGACGACUGAUCCUCCCCUUCAACCACAGUCCAGACCUUUGGACCCCUCCAGAGGAGCUGCAGCACCACCUGCUGGUCUUUCCAGGCGUUACAGGCCAAUUGAAGCCCCUAAGUUUCCUGAUCUAACGAGAGAGGAUGAGGUACAAUACAGGAUGUUGCGAAUGGCGUUGAACAAUUUACUUGACCCAGAUGAAUCUGAGGAAUUCAAGUUUCACAUUCUUCUCGAUCAUCUAAAGGUGGACCAGGCCAGGCGCUUGGCCUCAGCCUAUUCCUAUGCCCAACAGCCAUUCACAGAAGCUCUAAAGGCCCUGGAUGAACGUUAUGGACAACCACGCCAGUUGGCACUCAGGGAAUUGAAGAACAUAAUGGCACUCCCUCCUGAUACUUCGGGGGGCCUCUGUUUCCUUCAAGGUGAGCUUUGCCUCCAGUCCUGGUGAACUUCACAUUAACCAUGCUUUCACAGCUGACCGCCUUCUUCUGUCUGAGCAUACACACCCUGUUCUUUCCCUUCAAAGAAGAUAUAAACACCUACGUGGACUACCAUUGACACCAAUGCACCA